GCAACCUGCGAAGUAAACUGUAAAAUGGAACAUAGCCUGACUCUCAGAGACCCGACACAUGCUUCAUUCGGACACGCCCCUUCUGCUCGACACAAGUGUUGGAGAUAUACGUAACAGUGCUGAUGCCGAGGUGAAGCACUGAAACUGAGAGGAAAAUGGCAGCGUUUUGCAGAGUCGCUUCUUCAAUUUUGAAACCAGUUAACUUACUGCCUUCUGCACUUGCAGCUGUUCGACACUGCAGCUCAGGUGGACAGUAUCAGUAUAUUUUGGUUGACAAAAAAGGUGAAAAGAAGAAUGUUGGUUUCAUACAGUUGAACAGGCCCAAGGCCUUGAAUGCUCUUUGUGAUGGCCUAAUGCUUGAAGUGGGUAAAGCCUUAGACACCUUUGAACAGGACGCUGAGGUUGGUGCGAUAGUCAUCACAGGAAGUGAAAGAGCUUUUGCAGCGGGUGCUGACAUCAAAGAGAUGCAGAACAGAACAUUUCAGGAGUGCUUUGGUGGUAACUUUUUGGCACACUGGAACAGAGUAUCAACAGUUAAAAAGCCAGUUAUCGCUGCUGUCAAUGGAUUUGCUCUUGGAGGAGGUUGCGAAUUGGCUAUGAUGUGUGACAUAAUCUUUGCUGGAGAAAAAGCGCAGUUUGGACAGCCUGAAAUCUUGUUAGGAACAAUUCCAGGUUCUGGAGGUACUCAGAGGCUUACUCGGGCAGUGGGAAAGUCACUGGCCAUGCAGAUGGUUCUUACAGGGGACCGCAUCUCUGCACAAGAGGCGAAACAAUCUGGGCUUGUAAGCCAAGUGUUUCCUGUGGACCAAGUGGUACCUGAAGCAGUCAGAUGUGGGGAGAAAAUUGCAAGUAAUUCGAAGCUGGUAUCGGCUAUGGCAAAGGAAGCGGUCAAUGCAGCUUUUGAAAUGACCCUAACAGAAGGCAAUCGGUAUGAGAAGAGAAUAUUCCAUGCCACCUUUGCUACGGAGGACAGAAAGGAGGGCAUGAGUGCAUUUGUUGAGAAGAGGAAACCUGAUUUCCAGGACAAGUAGAGGAUCAAAUAAGAAGAGUGUGAAUUUCUUUUUUAAUUUAAAUACACUCAUUUGUUGGCAUGUGAUCCAGUGCUGUUACUGAAAGACUGUGUUGUAGGUAUUAAAAUUGAGAACAGUGGAACAUCUAUGGUUAAAAGAAACACUAAAAACAAAAAUCAGUGGUACAGUGAUAUUGCUUUUCCAUUAAAAUGUAAUUUGAGGUGAGCCGGUUUGCUGCUCUGAUCGUUAUGAGGACUUUUGUAAAUCAUGUUUGUAAGGCAUUUAAUAAAUAGUAAAGUAUGACAUAAAUUUUAGGUAAAAAUAAAUCUAAUACUUUGUGAAAAAAAACUGUUAUUGGUCUGGACUAGUAGAAUGAAAACACAAAGUGACUAAACCAUCAGUAAAAAGGCCCAUGGAUGUGGGUCAGGGUGUUCUUGCAUUUUUUUACACACUAGGUGGCGGUAGUCACCUAAUAUUAUAUUGGUUUGUAGAACUGCAGAAUUAACAGACUUCAGAAGUAGGGUCGAGGAAGACAGAAACUACCACUGAUGCUUGUCAGAUAGCACACAUAUGGUUGAACAUCUAUUCUGACUAUUCUGAGCUUGAUCUGUCGAAAAAAUAUAUAAAUUGUUAUAGUAGAAAAAUGUAUUAGUAACGAGUGAAGAACCUUGCGUUUGCGUAAAAAUAUUUUCCUGCUGUUUUUUACCCGCGCGAGCGCACGCACACGUGUUUGUGUGUGUGUAUAUGUAUAUGUAUGUGUGUGUGUAUAUAUAUAUAUAUAUAUAUAUAUAUAUAUAUAUGUUAUAUAUACACCCACACAGAGGCACACAGAUAAAACGUAAAAGCGUGUGUAAACUAAAGGCAGUGAUUCAGAAUGCUACAGAUCUGCGCAAAAUUGUAAGUUUUUUUCCCCUUCCUUUUUACCUCUUUGAUAAUUACUUAAUCUCACAUUUUUCUUGCUCAUCUGCACAAUUUUUAUGUUGUUUUGCUCACUUGGACAAACAACAAAAUGGAUAUUUAAACACAAAACAAUAUUUCCAAUUGUAUAUUAGGCACAUCAAAAAUCGCAGUGUGAAAUUUUAUGCUCGUAGAAAAAAAUAUAAAAUUAAUUUUCGGGUUUACUCCAGAUUAAUUCAGAGUAAAUUAAAUAUCUGUAUCAUCGCCUGCAGAAAUCAGAAUACACGUCGCUUUUACGCAUGGUUAUCUUUGGGUACUUGCAUUUUUAAUAGCGUUUUUUGGUUUAACUGUUUUCACAUAAAACUUGUGGAUCACAAAGGAGCACGGUAAAUUUAAUUAUGAAACGACCCUUUUAUUUUUCCACUAGAUCAGGGCCUUUUUUCCCCUCUAAGGAUCUCAGGGCUUUCUUCACACGGCGACUUCCCAUAUACUCUCAAAAGUCCGUAGCCUAAUUGAUUUUAAUUUUCAUUCAAUAUUCCCCUCGAGUCGACUUUCUUCUUUGCCCCUGGAACAAAACUUUUGAAAGAGGCGAAAAAAAUGUCUUCACAUCGAAACGGCACAAAGGUCUCCAAAAAGCAAGCAAAGCAGCAGUUGCGCUUUGAAGUCUGUCCCCUGCUAACGAAAGGUCAAAAUAAUAAAUGUAGACCCAAUUGAGGCGCUCUGCCCAGACAAAAGAGGCAAAACGUUACAUUUUGGCAGAGGCAAACCCCUCAUAGCGUGAUAAACUCAUUAAAAAAAGCAGAACCAAAGAGGGAGCAGCGUGGUGCCGCGCUUAAAGAAAAGAGCUUUCAAACUGAUCAGACGCUCCUGGCUCCGGAUGCUUUCUCCUCCUCACAUCAGUCCCUCUCUUCACUUCGCCUCCGCACUUCCAUCACUGUGAAGGGACAGCCUCGUAAAAAAAUAUGUGCGUUUUUUCCCCUUCAAUAUUCUAAGAUAGUUCAGUCAUUUGCACUCUAUAGAGAAAUGUAAAUGUACAAGUUUUUCCUUGACUUUUUUUUACUUUGCAUUAUGUUGUAAAUCAGAUUACAUUGUAAUGCUCCAUUGAUAUGUAUAAGGCCACGCUGGGAUUUCAAAUAAAAAAGAAAAGAAAAUUCCAAGAAAA